AUGGCACUUGUACAAAGUCUUAUGCCAGAAGAACAACAACCGCGGAAUUACCCCUUGGCUGGAUACCCCACGAACAUUUGGGGCUAUUCUGUUGACGAACAGGCCGUCACGCCCGCUCCCGCCUCCGCCGCACCCAGCCUUUCUGGAAGCUCCAUGUGGAGCCGCCAGCCAUCUCAGGUCUCGUCGAUGGGUGGCAUACUGCCUGGCGCUGGCUCUGGUCUCGCUUCUCGUUCGGCGAGCGUCGCUUCCAUCAGCUCGGCUCCGGGCUUUUCGGUGUCUCCUUUGACAGCGACGCCCGCCAACAGAGUUUCUAGCCAGAGCAGCACGGCUAGCUCCCCCAAUGCGUCCACAGCAAGUACGGUAGCCGACGACGAUUUGAUUCUGACGGCCAUUGUUGUGAAGAAUAUACCUUUUGCCAUCAAAAAAGAGCAGCUUAUCGAGGUCAUGACCCAGCUCGGCCUGCCCCUUCCGUACGCCUUCAACUACCAUUUCGAUAAUGGUGUAUUUAGAGGGCUUGCUUUUGCCAAUUUCUCGAGCGCCGAGGAAACCGCGGCCGUUAUUUCUAGCCUCAAUGGACGAGAGAUUGGUGGCCGCAAGCUCAGAGUCGAGUACAAGAAAAUGCUUCCUGCUCAAGAACGCGAACGCAUCGAAAGAGAAAAACGGGAGCGUAGAGGCCAGCUCGAAGAGCAGCAUGUGUCGCGUUCAAACUCUCCCGUGGCAGCUGCAGCUUCUUUAACGGGCCAAGGUCAAGAUGUUGUGGCGGCGGCGGCGGCGGCGGCGACGGCGGCCUCACACCGCUCACCCCGUUCUCCUGGCCGGCCAGAUUUCAAUGACCCUGAAACUCUGGAAAUUUACUCCUCGCUGCUGCUGUUCCAGGCGUGCUCGUCCCGUCUUGAGCUAUCGCUCGCCCCUUCACUCAGCCCGGCUCAAACCCGCACAAUCCAGACUCUUUGUGGACAGAUGCAAUUACACUACACAGUCCACGAGACUCUUGGACUGACAAUUUCCAAGCCCGCACUUAGCCGCUUCGACUAUCCUUCCGCGAUUUUCCGUGCCGCAGCUACCAAUGUUAGCCCCGGCUCAGCGGCAGUUCCUCAGCGCACUGCAUCGGCCACUGAUCUGCACACUUGGAAUUCUUCCGCUGGCCCCGGGCUUUCGAGCACGCUUUUCAGUGAAGGACGAUACUCGAAGACCCGGUUUUUUGGUGCCCCCCCUCCAACAACGUGCCCGGAGUGA